AGCUAGUUAGGCUGUUUUCAUGCUAUCAAUAGCGUUAGUGACUAUCUGCUGCUAGCAACAUUUGAUUUCCAUUUUUUUGCAAACAUUUAUUGAGACCUGUCAUAUUCAACGGUGUUGCGCGUUCGUAAAUUCAUGAGUUAUUCUGCGCUCUGGCACACUCAAACGAGAGUGCUUUGAAAUCGGAGUAGAUAGACAAAAUUCAUUUACGAACUCACCCUAAAUCGACAUUAUUGAUUGGACGAUUAGGACCAAUGGGAGUAGAGAACGAGAUGUGACGAGUUGACUUUAGUGCUUCGUUCCUUUUUGUUGCGCGAACGGUGCUGAGGCAGGCAGUGAAGAAGGCGCGACCACACCACUUUGUAAGCAUUUGAAGGCAUAGCAACCCUCAGUACUCUGCUGAAAUGGCAUCCUCUGGAGAGAUCCUGAUCAAGGAGUUGGACAAGCGUGCUUCAGGUCAAGCAUUUGAGGUAAUCUUGGCCCCCGAUGCCAAGGGUGAAAUCCCCCUACCUCCCCCGAAGGAGAAGAAGGAGAUGUCCCUGGAGGAGAUUCAGAAGAAACUGGAGGCUGCAGAGGAGAGACGCAAGAGUCAUGAGGCAGAGGUGCUGAAGCACUUAGCUGAGAAGAGAGAGCACGAGAAGGAAGUUCUGAAGAAAGCCAUGGAAGAGAACAACAACUUCAGCAAGACGGCAGAGGAGAAGCUCAAUCAGAAGAUGGAAGCCAACAAAGAGAAUCGCACGGCACGAAUGGCAGCACUCAAUGAGAAAUUCAAGGAGAAGGAUAAGAAGCUUGAGGAGGUACGAAAGGCAAAGGAAACAAAACCAGAGGGGGAGAACUGAUUUUCUUUUGUAAUAUUU